GCCCUCCGAAGUAUGACACGAUGUGCCAGCGCAAUUUUAAGUAGCUAAAGAGAAACUGACCAGCCAUAUAUGGCUCGAGCUGACAUCGCGCUACAUCAUUACAAACCGCAAGUGAUGCUGGGAGGAGGUGCGAGCGGGUUGCUUGCGGUGACCCUGGCGCUUUUUGGCUCGUUUCCUGGGGCCCUGAAAACGGAGAUAUCCGGGGAGCCGAUUUGCCAGCCGGGGUUGGGGUUCUGGGAACCGAAAACCGGGCGUUGUUUACCUUGCACCAAGUGCGCCCCGGAGUUUACUCUCAGGCCAUGCGCCGUCCAUCAGGAUACCGUCUGCGGUCCCCUCUCAGCACUGCAGCUCGACUGGUCCUGGCUGGCGACGAGAAAGGGCCAGGAGACCAGCCAGCCGAGGACCGUUGCCGCGGCGAGGUCAAAGAUGAUAUGGACCUUCCCCGACGUCGCUGCGGGACAAGAUGACUCCGGAGGCAGGUCGCCGAUGCCCUUUCGCUCGCCUCGUGGUAACGUCGACGACGAGGUAACCGUCGACGAAGACGCGAGGAUCGGAGAUGACAAGGAGAACACAGGCUUCGAUCCCCGGGAUGAAGAGUCCGAGCGUAGGAUUCAUUCCCCCCAAGAGAGGAGGAAGGUGAGAGACCAGGCAGAUAUCCCGUGGGACUGGCAGACGGGCGCUUUGGUCCUCGCCGUUUGUGCCUGCGUGAUUUUCUUCCUGGUCGCCGGUUGCUCGGCCCUCGUAUACGCGAGGCAGUGGCGACGCAUGAAGAGAAACUUCGAGCCAGCCGGUCUGGAGGAAAUCUCAGCGAGAUUGAACCUGAUGGUAAAAGCCGAGCUGGCCGAAUUAACCGCGGGAGCACCAAUGAGUCCCGGCGAUCCUGAGACGAGGUGUCAAUACCUGGAAAAAUUACUUGACCGGAAGCGGGAAACGCCAGUCGUCGCUGGAUGGCACGAACACGUGGAGGACGGGGGAGGUCGAGGAAACCUCUACAUCGAGGAAACGCCCGGAGGACCCGGGGGACGAGAGCCGGGAAGGCCUGCGUCAACGCCGAGGACACGAAGAGCGCAAAUUGCUCAGAUACACCGCAAUAUUGAAAGUAUUCUAAGCCAUAAGGCCAAUCGCUCCUAAUACCUAUUAUAAGCAUGACGUCUACAAGCUAUUGUUAUAUAAGAUAAGGAUCAUACAUGAUUGCAGAUACAUAAAUACACAGCCUAGUUUAUGUACGGCGAUAUGGGAGAUAGCUUUAAUCGUUUACAUGAGCAUAUGUAUAAGUGUUUCCAAGUUACAUAUAUUCAAUUCAGAAUUUGCAGACACUGCGGGUCCUCUUCAAUGUUUAUAAACAGUCUCGACGAAAUGAAUCGCAAUAUUUAUAAUUGUUAAUGGUCGCCGUAAGGGUGAAGGAGGAAUGUGAACCCGCGGGCUGCGCUUCGUCAGAUACAAUAUUAUACCCUUUUUUAAUAUCGUCUUAAUUGUACAAGUACCGCGUACAAAAAAAUCCGAUCCGAAAAAGAUUCGCUUUGAAAAGUAUUUGACGAUCGUCGCACUAACGAUAAUUAGUAAUAUGUAUGUAAUAUUAUAUACACGAAACUGCGUCGUCGACGACGCGUUUUGAGAUGGGAAUAUCUAGAGCAGUAAGCGUCUCUCGCUGAUUAGAGUACCUAUACUCAUGAAACUCACUAUUUAUUUGAUAGUUUUAAUAAAUAUUGUAAUAUAAACGCUCUGUAUUAAUGAUAAAUAAAAUCGUAUAACUAAAAUUACAAAACAAUAUACGAAUUUGAUUUUUUGGUUGGAUUUCGUUUUUUGUUUUCUUACAGCAUAUCAUAGUACCCAUCUAUUUUUACGGAUCAAGAUAUUUUGAUCACAUGCCAAGGAUUCAUGUUAAAAAUAUUACGUCUGGUACAUGUGAUUACUCGUUGUAUAGGUUUUUCCGUGAAAUUUCAGAAAGAGAACAUUUU